UCUCAUGGGCAAUACAUGACAGCAAAACUCAAGUUUAUGAUGCAUAUAACUUUACGUGCAACUAUCCCCAAGAAUUCAAAAGUAAGAAGCUGUUGGACUUCGACACCCGCUUCUGCUCAGUUGACAUGGGCUUUAUUUACUUUCUCUGCACCAUAUGUGCAAUCCUAUGCUUCAUGGUGGUGUCCUUCACUUACCAUUUUAUGAGAUUGCACCUGGUCUAUGCCUAUUACCUGUUCAUAGCUUGGUUCUUUGACAAAAAGCACAAAAACAAGAAAACUCCUCUUCAGUACGACGCCUUUAUCUCCUAUAACACCCACGAUGAGCCUUGGGUCAUUGACAAGCUCUUACCAAAACUGGAAGGAGAACAGGGCUGGAGACUGUGUCUACACCAUCGAGACUUUGAACCAGGGAGACCCAUCAUAGAUAACAUUACAGAUGCCAUUUAUGGAAGCAGGAAGACCAUUUGUGUGAUCAGUCGCAAAUACCUCGAGAGUGAAUGGUGCUCCAGAGAGAUCCAGGCAGCCAGUUUCCGUCUGUUUGAUGAGCAGACAGACGUACUCAUCCUGGUAUUUAUGGAGGAGAUUCCCAGCUAUCUGUUGUCUCCUUACCACCGCAUGAGAAAGAUGCUAAAGAAGAAAACCUACCUGAGCUGGCCGCGAGCUGGAGAGCACUCCGAGCUGUUCUGGGAGAAACUUUGCCACGCUCUGGAGACCAGAGAAGAUCCAGAAGCAAAGACAUUACUUCUCACUGUGCCAACUAUGCCAUGAGGAAAAUAUAACAAUUUUUUUUUUCUCUAGUUUUUUCUCCUUAAGGUUAUAGAUUUUAAUUUAAAUUUUUUAAUUCCAUAAUAAUAGUUUACAGU